AUGAAGAAGAACCUGCAUCUGUGGGUGCUGCUCAGUGUGUGGGGGUCCUGGUGGUCCUGGUCCAGUUCAGCCUCAGUCACCGUCUCCCCCAGUUCAACUCAGCACCCAGAGUACUCCGACAUCGCAGUCAGCUGUGAACGGCUCGGUUCUGGAUGGACGGUCUGGAGACUGACCGCCAGAGGUUUCCUGUCCCAGUGCGGGUCCGGGUGGGGGGAUCCCACGUCCUCCGGCUGUGAUGUCCGGACGGUCAAACCUCCGGACACUGGACUGUACUGGUGUGAAUCCACAGGCCGACAGAGCAGCCACACCGUCAACAUCACCGUCACCGAUGGGGCGGUGGUCCUGCAGAGUCCGGCUGUCCCGGUGACAGAGGGUCAAGACGUCACUCUGUUCUGUCAAACCAAGACGCCCUCGGACCUCCCAGCUCAUUUCUACAAAGAUGGCACCCACCUUUCAGAUUCCUCCGAGGGUCACAUGACCAUCCGGCGAGUCUCCAGGUCGGAUGAAGGUGAAUACAGAUGUGGGUUCGAAGGUCUGGGGGAGUCCCCGAGCAGCUGGCUGAAGGUCGCAGAUGAUGUGGUUCCGCCCACUCUCACCGUGUCUCCGGAUUCGUUGCAGUUCUUCGAGUACCGCCCCCUGUCUCUGAGCUGUGGUCAUAACAGCAGCUGGUCCGGGUGGACGGUCCGCAGGUUCACCCGCCGUGGCACCAGGACGUCCCGCUGUGGCGUGGACUGGGGCGAGCCCACGUCGUCUGGCUGCGUCCUGGAAACCGCCAAGGAGCCGGACAGCGCCAUCUACUGGUGUGAGUUAGAUACCAGACGCAGCAACUCCGCCAACAUCACGGUUCACGGUGGACCGGUGAUCCUGCAGAGUCCUGUCCUCCCUGUGAUGGAGGGACAGGAAGUGUCUCUACACUGUCAAACACGCACUCCCUCCAACCGCUCAGCUGACUUCUAUAAAGAUGGCUCCUUCAUCGGCGCCGGGCCCACAGGUCACAUGACCAUCCCCCAGGUGUCACAGGCUCAUCAAGGCGUCUACAGGUGUGACAUCACAGGAGUUGGACAGUCUCCGCCCAGCUGGAUGUCCGUCUCAGGUGGUCCUCCGUCCCCCCAGUCCACCCAGUCCACCUCAGACCGGAUGGUCCUCCUCCGGUACCUGGUGGUUUUCCUUCCAUACUUCAUCUCCACCGGCCUCAUGGUGUCUCUGUACAGGAACACAGGGAGAGGCAAGGCCGUUUCCAUAGCAACGUCUACAUCCAGAAACAGGCAGGACCAGGACCAGGACCAGGACCAGGACCAGGACCAGGACGACUACGAUGACAUCACCACCGAACAUCAUUUCUAACUUUGGUUCCGUUAAACGAGUAGUAGUCAGACGGUAGCGGUUACCAGGUAACCGUCGCCGGGUCGACCAACAGGACGUUAACGACAGUUCUGUUAACGUCCACCCAGACGUCGAUGAAACCAUGAACAGAGACGUGCAAAUGUACGAGGAGACACUCUGCUCGGAGUCCUGAGCCGAUUCUGAUCAUACAUCUGCGCUGGUUUGAAUCCUGCAGUGUUGUGACCUGAACGCAGCGUUACGGCGCUAUUGUGUUAUGGCGUUUACAAAACUGACACUGGGUCUGGUUUGUCCUGGAUUUCUAUUUUGUUCUGCUUUGUAUAAAUUGCCAUGUCUGUCUCCCACAAAAACAUGUAUUUGAUGACUUGAACUCGUGAUCUGUGUAAAUGUUAGUGUGAACAGAAUGACCCACAGGGGAGUUCCUCAAGGCUCUGUUCAUGGACCCUUUUAUUUACAUGAAUACUGACUGACCUGGGAUCUGCCUCUGACUGAAGUUUGAUUUGUAAGUUUUGUAAUGACUCCAAACAUGUAAAUAAAAAAAGUAUUGUUUAUCUGUGGAAGAAAAAAUAAAGCAGCUUUAAUCUGAAUGAACUGAGUUUAAAAGUGGACAUUUAACCUUUGACCUUCAGUCUCAUUCAUGGGGUCAUAUUUUUUUGUGUUGGAUUAGUCACAUGACAGUAUCAUCGACAUAUUUACUGAUUCAAUGCAUGAUGGGACAAAUAGAACAACAAUAAAAACUGUGAUUUUUCCCCUUUUUACAGACGUGAAUUCCAACCUGAAUCUGAACAGAGGAAACUCAAAAACACAGACUGAUGAACAGAAGGUGGAGUUCAAUCUGGUCAGUGAGGCAUCAGUGGCCUCUGAUUGGUCAGGACGGUCACAUGGUCUUAAAGAGUCUGAAAAGUCCAGGUCUGAGUCGAAUGUUUCAGUGUUUUUUUGAGGCAGUGGAGCUGAGGAG